CACGGUGGCACAGAAAACGACCGUUGAAUAUCGAACCCUCGUUCUUCUCAAAACGGUUGCACAGCAAAACAAGCUAAAUAAAUAAAGAGAAGUGUCGAUUUCAAAUUUCAAAAAUUCAAACUUACUGCUUCUUGCAAUAAAGAGAAGAACCUCUGCAUACUUUCCCUUUGUAAGAAAAUCUCUCUCUUUGCUUUCUUUGCCUCACUCCCGCAGCUCAGCUGAUGUCCUUGAGAUCAAAGGUUGGGACCUGACAAUGGAGAUCCUUUCAUCAUCUUCUUUCCCUUUUCCCCCAUUCCAACUCAAGUGAGCUCCAAAACGCUCCCCGGCCCCAACCAUCUCUUGACAGAUUCCAAAAUCAAAAUCCACACUUCUUCCAGCUGUUUGUUAAAAUGCCUGAUCGAAACCAGCUCAAGUUUUCUUGACCACUCGCAUUUAAGGCGAGGAGGCAGAGCAUCUGUCUUUUCCGAACUUCAGUUUGACUGCUAGCUAAACCUUUUCCUUUCCCCGGCUUCGGUUGCCCAUUCGUGCGUGUGUUAGUGUUACUACGAUGAGGGAGGAAAACCCAUCGGAGAUCAGCAAGUCGAGAGGAGGAUCGAAGUUCGCCGAUCAGAAUCAGCCACCAAAUAAGCUACAGAAUAAUGGGAGAGCGGGUUUCGUUAACGCUUCUUCGAAGCUACGGUCGGCAUUGGGUUCACACAUCGUCAAGGGUUUCACUGCAGAGAAGAAGACCAAGACACAGACGAUUACAGUGAACACUAAGAAGCUCCCGCCCGCGAAAUCGGACGCACCAAACCAGAAGAACCCUAAUUUGGCCGCUUCCAGUCAUGCUCGUGUCAAGCGAUCGCUUAUGGGCGAUCUCUCCUGCUCUGUUGCCGCAGCACAAGUCCACCCUUCGCAUGGUUAUCAGAGCCAGCACCAGAGGAGGCAAUCGUCAGGGUCGCGGGAUUUGUUCUUGGAAUUGGACCAGCUGAGGAGUUUACUUCAGGAAUCCAAAGAGAGGGAGUUCAAGUUGCAAGCGGAGUUGUCGGGGCUUAAAAGGAACGGAAGGGUGUUGGAGCUUGAAGGGGAACUUGAAGCUAGUAAGAAUCAGAUCGAUGAGCUCUCUCAGAGACUUGGGAUUCUGGAGUCAGAAAAAAGCGGUCUUGUUGAACAAAUGGCCGAAAUGUGCUCCAUCUCGGAGAAGAAGCAUGAUGAGGUUUUGAGGAGGGAAGGUAAUGGGGACCUUGAAAUGGAAUUGGUUGAGCUGAGGAGGCUAAACAAGGAGCUGCAGAUGGAGAAGAGGAAUCUAGCUUGCAAGCUUGCUUCCGUGGAGUCUCAAUUGACUUCUCUUGCUAAGGCUUCUGAGAGUGACAUUGUUGCGAAAAUUAAAGCAGAAGCAUAUGCGCUAAGACACACAAAUGAAGAUUUAAGCAAGCAAGUUGAGGGUCUGCAGAUGAGCAGAUUAAAUGAGGUUGAGGAGCUUGCCUACUUGAGGUGGGUCAAUUCAUGUUUAAGGGAUGAACUAAGAAAUUCUGAUAAAGCUCCAGAGAGCCCCAGUUCAGCAGGCAGGAGUCAGGAAUUGGUAGGUCCAUCGCCUUGGUGCCAGAAUGGUGACUACUCGGAUUACAGUGGUACUAGGAGGUUAAGUUUGAUCAAGAAGUUGAAGAAAUGGCCAAUUACUGAUCAAGAACUGUCAAACUUGGAAUGCACGGAUAAGAGUUGGAUCCAUCUAGAAGAAGUGAGGAGCCCUAGAAGGAGGCACUCCAUUAGUGGAUCCAAGUUAAGCAUAGAAGAGCUGAUACCAAGUAAGAGAAGGCAAUCUGAUGCUUUUAUAAGCGCAGAGGAAAUGGGAAAGGAAGCAGAACCCGUACUAGCUUCCCAGACUUAUGAUUUAGAAAUGGUACAAAGUUUGAACUUCCAAGAGGCCAACAAAAUUGUAGCAUCAGUGGAUGUUGAGAAGAGGCCCUUGCGUGUUCCCAAUCCUCCUCCAAGACCUUCCUGUUCGAUUUUUUCUAGCGAGACCAAACAAGAAGAAACUGCCCAAGUUCCACCACCGCCACCUCCUCCUCCACCACCACCGCCGCCUCCCAAGUUUGCAGGUAAGACUACCACAGGAGGGCAGGUGCAGCGAGCACCACAAGUAGUUGAGUUCUACCAUUCACUCAUGAAGAGAGACUCGAGAAAGGAGGCUUCGAAUGGGGGAACCUGUGAUGCUUCAGAGGUUGCAAACGUCCAUAGCAGCAUGAUUGGCGAAAUUGAGAAUAGAUCAUCACAUUUGCUUGCUAUUAAAGCAGAUGUUGAAACCCAAGCUGAGUUUGUCAAUUCAAUCAUAAAAGAGGUCAACUCUGCUGUUUACCCUAGCAUUGAAGAUGUGGUGGCAUUUGUUAAGUGGCUUGAUGAUGAACUUGGUUUUCUCGUGGAUGAAAGGGCAGUGUUGAAGCACUUUGACUGGCCAGAGAAGAAGGCAGACAUAAUGAGGGAAGCAGCAUUUGGCUAUGCCGAUCUGAAAAAGUUGGAGUCGGAAGUUUCAUACUACAAAGAUGAUCCCCGGCUGCCUUGUGACUUGGCAUUAAAGAAGAUGGUGUCUCUGUCUGAGAAGAUGGAACGUACGAUCUACAACCUGCUGAGAACAAGAGAGUCCUUGAUGCGCCAUUGCAAAGAGUUUCAAAUUCCCACAGAUUGGAUGCUUGAUAAUGGUAUUAUCAGCAAGAUAAAGAUUGGCUCGGUUAAGUUGGCCAAGAAGUAUAUGAAGAGGGUUGCGGUAGAGAUUCAAACUAAAGCAUCAGUCGAGAAAGACCCUGCAUUGGAUUACAUGUUACUACAAGGAGUUAGAUUUGCUUUCAGAAUUCAUCAGUUUGCUGGAGGAUUUGAUGCAGAAACAAUGCAUGCUUUUGAAGAACUUCGCAACCUGGGUCACCUUCUUAACAAAAAGUGAGAGAAGAAAGACUGUGUCGAGGAUUCUGCGCUUACCACCUCAGUAAGCUUCAAACUUGGAACAUCUUAUUGUAGAAGUUCCUGAAAGUUGAAGGCAAAAUGUAUGAGCAAUGGGAAAAAAAUUUAGUUAUCUCCAGCUGCUUACUCACCAAUGAAUGAUACAGUGUGUGGUUUGACACACAAGGUUGAGAUGUAUGAUCUGAAGGGUAUGUAUAACAUGAUUUUUUGAGUGCCAUAUAUAGAUUACUUCAUCAAAUUUGAGACUUUCGCUCUCAUCAAACCACACUGUAUCAUUCACCUAUGACAUAAAAUGAACUCUUUCUA